GUGUGUCUCACGCUUGACGCCGUCUGUGUAGCUGCUCUCUUUGCAAAGGAAUGUCGCUGCGGCUGCUAUAUCUCAGCUGGGAUGGAGGACUGACAGAUGUUUUGAGCAAAAGAUGUCGGGACAGCGAUGUGGUAUCUUAUUGAAUAACCAUGAUGCUCAAAUCACCAAAGUAGUCACAUCCACCUCUGACUGGCGAUCAGGAACAUCCAGUCAGAUUUAAGAAACCCGACUGACUUCAGUCAAUAUCUAGCCAUUUUGCAUCGUGUUUGCUUCUGAGCAUGGAUCUGUAACUUCCUCAGCCCUGCUGCACAGUUCCUUCUCUCGCUGUGUGACCAAUUGUCAGGGGACUUCCACCGUACCAUUGCGUGAUUCUGUACCAGCCUGUGAAAGAGCGUCAAGAUGUUUUCAGCGUUUAAGAAGUUGGUCGGAUCCGAGCCGGGGCAGCUCCGGGACAAGAACAUUCCGGCUGGCCUGCAGUCCAUGAACCAAAGUUUGCAGAGACGCUUUGCCAAAGGGGUCCAGUAUAACAUGAAAAUAGUCAUCCGGGGAGAUAGAAACACUGGAAAGAGCACUCUGUGGCAUCGACUGCAGGGCAAGAAGUUUGUGGAGGAGUACCUGCCCACUCAGGAGAUCCAAGCCACGAGUAUCCAUUGGAAUUACAAAACUACUGAUGAUGUGGUCAAGGUAGAGGUGUGGGACGUGGUAGACAAAGGCCAAAAAUACCCUCUUCCUGAAGGUGUAGGCAAAGGCAAAAAGCGUGGAGAGAACUUGAAACUGGAGAAUGAGCCCCAGGAGUCAGAUGAGGUGGCCCUGGAUGCAGAGUUCCUGGAUGUGUACAAGAACUGCAAUGGAAUCAUCAUGAUGUUUGACAUCACCAAGCAGUGGACUUUUAACUACAUCCUGAGGGAGCUGCCCAAAGUACCCACCCACGUGCCGGUGUGUGUGUUGGGAAACCACCGGGACAUGGGCGAGCAUCGUGUCAUCCUCCCUGAUGACAUCAGAGACCUGAUCGCUGGACUCAACAGGCCGAUGGGAGCAUCUUACAUCCAUUAUGCCGAGUCCUCCAUGAAGAAUGGCUUUGGUCUGAAAUAUCUGCACAGGUUCUUCAACAUCCCCUUCCUGCAGCUACAGAGGGAGACCCUCCUGAGGCAGCUGGAGACCAACCAGCUGGACAUGGAUGCCACUCUGGAGGAGCUGUGUGUCCAGCAGGAGACUGAAGAUCAGAACUAUGAGAUUUUCCUGGAGAACUUGGAGUCUCGCAGUAAAGGCUUUGGCUCUCCCGGUCCAGCUAACGGUCAGAGUCCCUCCUCCGGCUCCCAGUCCCCCAUCGUCCCCCCCAGCGGAGCCUCGACAGGCAGCUCCAGCCCCAGCACUCCUCAACCCCCCCUACCCCCCCAGGUGCUCCCCCAGUCACCAGCUGUGUCCGCCUCCCUCCCUCCACCUCCGUCCCCGGCUUCUCCUGCUGUUGAGUCAAAGCCUCCGGCCGUCGCUCCCGAUGACCUUCAGGCCCCGGCUGCGCCCGGAGCUUCGGGCCCCCAGAAACGUGGCUUCAUGUCCCGCUGGUUUGGUUCCACUGCUGCUGAGGCUCCUGCCACAGACGAGCCUCCUGCUCCGGUGUGUCCCGGUAAGGUUCACAGUGUGGAUGAUUUCGUGCCGGAUGAGAGACUGGAUAAAAGCUUCCUGGAGGACAGCCUGCCCUUCAAAACCAAGGCCCCCCCGCCCGCUACAGCUGUGGACAGCGACAGUGAUGGUGAAGGCAGAGGGAACCCCAUGGUGUCUGCUUUCCUGGAUGAGUUGGACCCUGACGACACUGAGCCCAGCCUCCCCCAGCCUAAGAGCCUGCCCCUCAGGAAAGACGUCGCUCUGACCAGCGACGAGGAACCCCCCCCCGUCACACAGGACCAAGACUUGGACAGUGAGCCUGAGCUCAAAGCGCCUGUGAUCCACAUCCCUAAACUCAAGGUGGCAUCCAAAGCUCCAGAGGCCAUCUCCCUCACUCUCACUCCGGCAGCAGAGCAGUUGCCACGGCAGCAGGCCAAGAAGAAAGGCAGCUCCCCCCGAGCCGAAGACUCCGAUACGGACCCAGAGGCUCCUGCAGCCCAUCAGAUGCUGUCCUUCAUCAUGGACGACCCCGACUUUGAGUCUGAAGCGUCAGAUACCCCCAAAGUAACCACGGACAUAUUUCCAGUCCGAGAUGAGCUUCUGUCCGACCUGUCUGACGACGACCUGCAGGUAUCCAAGGCGACAGAGCCUCUGAAGCCCACACCGAUCUCCUUCAAACAUAAGGACGACACCGACCUGUUUGGCCUCGGCUUCCAGGAAGAGGCUCCUGCAGCCAAGGAGAGCAGCGAGGAGCAGGAAGAAAAAGAAAGUAAACACUCCUCCAAAGACAAGAAGAAAAAGAAGAAGAAAAUCAAAGAGGAGGACGAGAAAAACAAGAAGAAACACAAACACAAGAAAAAAGAAAAGGACGAAGGUGCAGCGGGAGACGAGAAAGAGAAAAAGAAAAAGCCAUCCCGGAGCAAGAAAACCGAGGUGGACGAUCUGGAGGACUUUCUGGGCGGAGGAGCAGCGUCCGUCAAAAGAGAUGACGGAGAUUACGAGGAACUAUAGAAGUUCAGGGAGGAACAGCGGCGAGGCGAGGGUCCUUUGAAAACCUUCUUGUUCCUUGACUUAAGAGCAUAAAGCAUCUCCAAGCCAUACGUAACCCACACGGCUGCCGGUAACACCCAGGUAACACGAGCGAGGAGCGCUUCUCCGGAGCGUUACUUCUGAUCGAUCCCCCCCCCCCCAUCUGCACUACUGCUGUCACUUCCAUUCCAGCCAAUAGGAAAAGGCGAGAAAACCACGUGUACUGUAGUGAGUCCUGGUGAUUGGCUCUUUGUACUUUGAGAUGAUUGAAUAUGUUGGCGUCUGUAAAUACGGUUAUCAUUUGGAAUUUGUUUUGGUCGCUGUGGUAAUGGAGAGCAUGCUUAAAGUGACGGGGUCUCCUUCACACUCCUGCUUUCUUUCCUACGUGUUGGCUUCAGUGGCACGCUUAGAGUUUAUAUUUAGAGACACAAGACUGAGUGAGUGGAUUUCGAUUUUUUAAGAAAAGACUUCCCAGGCUUCACUAUCGGAGCACGUUCACACUAAGUGUUUUGUUUGGGGCUAUUUUUAAAUGGUUUGUCAGGGUGGAUCUAACAUUCCCCUAAUCUCCUAAUGAUUGUUCACUGUGUUUACACCUUAAUGGGACAGUGAGUCUGACCCGUGUACUGUAGUCUGCCAUGUCUCUUCUCCAAGUCACAGCAAUAAUGUAAGACUCUUAAAAGACAUUUGUUAUCAACUGAUCCCAGAUCCCAGCUCUGUUUGUUGAUGAUCAGAACAAUAGCAUUUUUAUUUAUUUUAUACAUAGUAUAAAUUACAUGAGGAAAUACAUUGACAAUAACAGUUCUUGUACCCUAGAUACAAUUGUAACAUCAUUGUUUAUAAUCAUUUCUAUACCACAUAAACACGAGCAUUUCAAAUACUGUAUCUCUCUUAACAUCGAUGAACUGACCAUACAAUAACUGUAAUAUUAGCUAAAAAAUAACGUAAAUAAAAUGUAAUUAUAAUCAAAUAAAACAAUAAAUACAGUGAAAUGAAUAAAUAAAAAGGUGCGACACAAGCUCUGGUGUCGCAAAAUGCGCUUUUUUAAGAAUAAACCUGCUUAGUGUGGACGUAAUCUUGAUGUGAACCCCCCCAUGUCUUCGCUGGUGAUUUUAUGAUUUCAUCCACUGCUACCCUUUCAAAACAAACACACACACUCCUCGUGUUUUCUGCAGUUGCCUUAAAGGAGGUCACUACAAGGGAAUGAUGUGCCGCUAUCCUCAUGAUCCAUUUCAAGUGUUCUUACUGUAAAAGUGUUGGAAUGUUCUAUUGGUCAAAUGGAACGGACGUCCUCUCUGAAACCCUGUAUGGAGAUUGCAGUGAAUCAGUGCAUUGGUUUGUUUUGGUUUGAUGCUCCAUCUUUCUAAAGGAACAUUAUGGUAAUGUGUUAAUAUUUUCUCUGUAAGUAACAUUUCCUCGUGCUUUUAUCCUUGUGUUAUUUAUUGCCUCCAUUAUGUUUUAUUGUCAGGAUUUACACUGUGCUGAAAUACUUGCAGCUUUUAACAGAUUGCCGUUCAUAUUUCACACCUGUAAUACAGCCUCGAAAUGGUACGUGGUGAUAAGAACUACAGACCGUACAGUACGGUUUCUUCCAUAAAUCCCUAAAAUGUUUCAAAUAAGUGAAGCAUUCUUGCAUCUAAGAGGAAUAAUGUGUAUUUUUCACUGACAGAUUUCAUACGGUUUCCAUCUCCUGUGCAUAUGCUUACAAAGACGUGAUGUUUGAGACUCCAAAGUUGAAACUAUGCAGCAUUGAUCCUGAAUACUGUGCUUUUUUUUGUCUUUUGUCAUGUGAUUGAGGAUAAAUGCUGAAAGCACAGUUUCAAGCAUGAGACUUCAGUGUACAGCAAGAAAAGAAUGUUUAAAAUAUAGAAAUAAAUGCGUAUAUGUGAGGAGCUUUGUUCCAAAAAUGAUACAUACACUGUGUGGAAAUAAUGCCGCUGACAUCCUAAAGAAAUAUUCUGCUUUCCAAACUAAUAACAUUUCUGAGUGGGUGUACACUUUGGAAAUGUUUCCUCAAGGUAUUUUUUCCAAAUGGAUGUAUGACAUUUUGGAAUGAAAGCCUUCAUUUAUUUUUCACCCCCAAUGACAUGUUCCAUAUUUACACUGUGUGAGUGUGGUUUGUCCAAUAAAUGCAAGCUUAUUUCUUCAUAAAGAACAAAUCUUGUGUCUUUUAAACAAAUAAAGACGUCUGUGGAUGAU